CUCUUCAAAUUCCGCCCGGAAGUGACGGAUGAGCACAAGCAGAAGUUUGUGACAGAACUCAAGAAGCUGAAGUCGUUGCCAUGUGUCAAGGAGCAGCGACUAGUGGUCGGAGGAGCAUCAAUAACCGAUCCUAUCGAGCGUAGCAAGGGAUUCGAGUUUGCUCUUCUGAGCUUCCACGAGGACAGGGCCGCGCUUGCAGAAUAUCAGAGGUCCGACGAACAUCAUCGGCAAGUCACGGAGAUUGUCACGAGCACAUAUAUGUUCCCAUACAAAGAGGAUUUGAUGAGAUAUGACUUUGAGGUUGACGAAGCAGAUGAACAUAUUUUAGGAUUCUUGCCUCUGGUCGCGGCGAAGACAACUCGAAGAAUCGACGUAGGAAUAUCUCGUGGUUGUGUAGUUGUCAAGUGGUACUCGAGUAGUGGUAGUCGAGGGGAGGAAAGGUCGAUGGGUCGAUUGGGACUUGGGGGCGGAAUUUCCGAUGGAGCUCGUGGUCUUGGCGUGAAUCAAAAACGUUCUUCCGUCGGUCAUGCGCCUUCCUCCGAGUGGAAAAUCCGCGCUCGAGAAUGGAGGCUACUGGUGAGCGAGCUGCGAGACGGCAGUCGCGAAGGUCGCAGCGCAUCCGUACCGCCUGCCUUCGCUGCCAACAGCGCAAAAUACGCUGCGACGGGGCAUCGCCGACUUGUACAUCAUGUAGCAGAUCAAACAAAGACUGCGAGUAUCAGGACGGCAAUAGCAUCGGGAAUCAAGCACGAGCGUAGGCGGUACACACAGCGUCUUGAACAUCGCGUCCGUUGGCUCGAAGACAUCGUCAGAUCCAGAUGUCCUGAUGUUGACCUGACGAAUGAGAUCGAUAUAGAACACGUCGAUAGUGUCAAUGAUGCCUCAAGCUCGACGUUCAAUACUGCAUCAGCUCUUGCACCUGGCGAUCAUCAUGAUCCGUCGAUGGAAACAGACGUCUCAUACGCUGUGCACGAUGCGCCGAUGAUCACGACCGAGACAACUGCAAGUAAUACUGAAGCUCCUCUGAACGAUUCACCACAUGCAGACUCGAGCCUGGCUCAUCAAAUUGGCCUUGUAUCACUUCCCAAUGGCGAUGAUCCACGCUACAUCGGACCAUCGAGUGGCCACUUNUUUACCCAGCUUGUUUGCACAGCCAGUGCAUUGUCUAAAGCUACAAAUCCGACUCGUAUCAACUUGGGACAUGCUAGCUUGCAGCGAGAUACUGCUCUUACAGAACAGCUGCUCCGCGAUAUCCAAACUCCGCUUCCAUCAAGCAAGGACUUGACACAGGAGCUGACUCUGACUUACUUCAGGACUAUUCACCAACACCUUCCAUUCUUGCAUGAGCCAACACAUCUGAGUCUGAUGGAAGUGAUGUACGCUACUGAUGAACCUGAUCCGGUCGUCGCUUUUCAGGUCUAUAUGGUGCUUGCAAUCUCUUCCAUUAUGCUGUCGCGCCGAGACAAAGUUGUGCUGCCCAGUGAAGGUUGGGCCGCCAUGGCUAUGUCAUUCUUUGAGAAGAAGCCGCUCGAGAGCUCGAUUCGAGGGCUGCAGUGCCUUUUGUUGCUUCAUGUCUGGGGUAUGCACAGUCCAACAACAAAAUUGAACAUUUGGUAUCUCAACUACCAAUGUAUCGCGAUGGUUGUAGACCUUGGUCUGCAGAGAGAUAUUACUUCGGCCUUGUCAAUCUCGCCGUUCGAUCAGGAGAUGCGAACCAGGCUUUUCUGGGUUGUAUACAGCUUGGACAGAUCUCUUUGUACAAUGAUGGGCCGACCGAUAGGUCUGAGAGACGAGGCAUGUGAUUUAAGGACAAAUGUUAGUUCCAGAACACAAGAACAACCUCCAAAUCACAUGAGUUAUGCUAUACACCUAUUCAAGCUUGCCAGGCUCAAUUCGGAGAUGAAGUAUAUCCUUCACAGCAUUUCGCGAGAUACGCCAGCUUAUGCCUACCCAGCAGUUCGCUGCAUGAAGACUUGGCAAAGAGAUAUGGUAGAUCGUCUCGACCAAUGGGCUGCUGAUAUACCACAAAUCACGGGUCCCAAAGAUUACGUGGUAAAGCUCUGUCACAUCCGCUAUCAUGUUUUGAAGACACUUCUUCUCCGACCUAGUCCUGGCAUACCACAACCGAGCUCGGAUAAUUUACAAGCAUGUUAUGCAAGUGCCAUAGCAGCCAUCAAGCUCUAUCAUCAGCUAUACGUCGAAAACUCGCUGGUCUUUAGCUGGGCAUCUUAUCAUUCGAUAAUGAUGAGCUCGGUCACGGCAUUCUUCUGUAUAUGGACCUGUCAGUCCGUUGCACAAGGCGCCGUGAUCGAUGAGCUAGUCUCUGAUCUACGCGCAGCAUCAAACAUCCUUAGCGCCACUGGUGAGCAUUGGCCAGGAGCUAAACACAGUCGCGACAUUUUGGACGAGUUGUCGCACCGCACCAUCAGCUGGAUGAUGGACCCCAAGAGUCGUAACAAUCACGGGCGCACGAACUCAAGUCCAGCACUCGAUACCGGUUCGAGAGAAUCCAAUGAAACUUUCGUCAACAAUCAGUCCGAAACUGGCAUUACCGCAGGACAGACGCAAGCUCAUGAGCUUGAAGCUCUGAUGCAACAGUACAGUAGGAACUGGACACCGGGACUCGAUUUUCUCCCCUCGUCUUUCGACCAGAUGUCAGACCCUAACACAGGUCUUUGGACGGGGGACAUGAACACUGAUACAUUCCUCCAGGACCUCUUUGACGGACUGGCCCCUAUGUCAUUU